AUGGCAACACCAUUGGAUACAACUGAGCAAAGAAUCUAUUAUCAGAAGCCAGAUGCCAUUGACUCCCCUAUUUAUGACAAACCAAAUGCCUAUGACGAUGACGAUGUCAACUUACCACCUCCUGCUCGUUACAGUACAGAAAUUGCUGUAGACAACCUCGCUAUUUUCCAAACCAAGGAUGACACCAAGGUUGCAGAUGUACACAGUCUUUCUGAGAUUACUCCAGUUGACAUCCCGUCUGAAAGUCAAGAAUCUGCCGAAAGCUUGAAUGACAGUCAAAACAUUACAUCCGCUCUCUUGAGUCAUGCGCCCUCCAUUAGCCUGCAAUCAACUGUUUCAGAAGAUGUUGUGUAUUCAUUGUCAACAAUGUCAACCAUGAGUCUUCCAGAACCAGGAAGUCCUUCUACAAGCACUAAUAGUGUGGGUAGCACUGCCAGUCUUGGAACAAAGCAAAUGCUUCUCGACAAACUCAGGAGAAAAACCAAACAGGAUAUGCUUGUUUUUGAUAUCAAAAAACAAAGUUUGCUAAAUUCCAGUGAACAUGAAAUCUACCUCGCUGGGUCGAAUAAGUUAGCUUACCGUAAGGUCCAACCUCAUUCAUAUUCAUGGGGAUUCCAAAACACACUAUCUCGUGCUCCAGGGCAUAACUCGGGUUAUGGUGAGCCAACAGAGAAGGAGUGUAAGGUAGCAGAAGCAAGACGCCGUGCGUUCCAAAAGGAAAUCACAGUAGAAUAUGGAGACUACCACACAGAAGAAGAUAGCAUCCAUGGACCUGACACACUUAUAUCUCAUGAUCUUAUCAACAAGACAAACUCACAUUUACUUUUUGUGUACGAAACUGAGUUCAGUUCUUACUGUCUACGCUGGAGACGCCCUAGUAUUCUUUCACAUGAUAUGCUUUGCGAGAUUUUGCUGACAAGAAAGAGCAGAGGGCUAGGAUCAUUUAUCGGCAAAGAAGAUACGCCUGAGUGGAGGGUUAUUGCUUCGUUCAAAAGUCGUAUUAUGGGAUACUUGCUACAAGUUGGUCAGCUUUCUAUUGACCGACAGGCUUUAGUGAUGGUGGAUCGUCCGGAUCACAUGGAGGCCGAUUUGCUUAUAACAUGUUGCACACUCAUUGAUUUGAUGCGGGAGGUAGUUGAGAAAGCUGUCGGACUAGGUAACGGAGGCGUUGCUAGUAGUGAUUAG